UUCAGUAAGGUGCAUGCCCUUCCCAACAAGGAAUGUAAUCGAACAUGUUAUAUGCACUCAGAUUUCUCGGUAACAAAUGCUGCUCUGAUCUCGGUGUUCAGUAAUUCAAGGCGUGGCAUGAUGGAGAGCAAGCCCGGUUCAUCCAGACACGACCGCAAAACGAGAGAGAGAAACAGGAGAAAUCAAAUGAAGGCCCUCUUCUCCGAGCUGCACUCCCUUGUUCCUCCAUGGAGUCCUACGGAAUCAACAUUGUCAUUGUCCGAUCAAUUAAGUGAAGCGGCCAAUUACAUAAAGAGCUUAAAAGUGAAGGUGGAGGAAAUGAGGGAGCAGAAACAGAACUUGUUAGAAGUAGAAAAGAUCAACACGACCAUGAACAAUGGACCGAUGAUUAAAUUCAAGUCGCCGGAGAUCAGAAUUUGGAACACUGGGUCAAUUUUGGAGGUUGUCCUUGUUACUGGAUUGGAUGACCAAUUCAUGUUCAAUGAGACUGCUCAGGUGAUUCAUGAAGAAGGAGCUGAUAUUGUCAAUGCCAGUUUCUCUUAUGUUGGUGAUGCAAUGCUUCACACCUUUCAUGCCAAGGUUGGCGAAGGCGAUUCUCCAGACGAGAGAAUAUCUGAGAGGCUACGGAAGAUUGUCAAUGAUAUGCUGAUGGAGUUUCAUCCUUAAUCUAGUGCCGGUUGAAUGUUGCAGAAUUAUUGAAUCUUCAGAGGUUUGUCACUGUUUUCUUAUGAAUAUGUGACUUCAUAUAUAAUUCCGUGGAGUUGCAAAAUGAUUUUCUAAAAGCUCCAAACAAGCUAGCUCUAGCUUUUCCAAUCCUUCUCAUUUGUUACCUGACAUAGUACCAUGUUAUUACGAUCGUCUUGUACUCUCACACUCUCUCUAAACAAUUUCCUCACUUACUGACUAUAUGUGUGAACAUCAAUACACUUUUCAUUUCUGAAAC